AUGAAUGGGUUGUCAUAUGUUCACAUAUCCUACAAUGACUUGGAGGUUACCCCGCCCAACAGCAGUGCAUUUUGGAAUGCUCUUCCGGAAGCAUUGCAGGUGAACAAAGGACUGUGCGGCAACAUUGGAGCUCUGAAAUCCUGCAAACAUAACUCCAAGAAGGACCGUAAAGUCAUAUUUGUAAUCUUGUUCCCUCUUCUCAGAGCACUUGUACUUCUACUUGCUUUCUUCAUGUUUGCUUUUCUGAUAGCAAGAAGAAAGAAAAAUCAAACUUUGGAACAAAACCAUGACAUGCUUGAAGAAAUUUCUUUUUCAAUUCUAGAUUUUGAUGGAAAAACAAUGUAUGAGGAAAUCAUUUUGAUUCCAUAUGGCAACAUGGUAGUUGUGAAGAAACUACAUCUUCUCCACAAUGGUGAGAAUAAUUUUCAGAAGGAAUUCUUCAAUGAAAUAAGAGCACUAACUGAGAUACAACACCGGAACAUAAUGAAGCUUUAUGGUUUCUGUUUACAUCACCGACACUCGUUUUUGGUGUAUGAGUAUCUCGAAAGAGGUAGUUUGGCCACAACAUUGAGCAAUGAUCAUGAAGCUAAAGAACUGGGGUGGAGUAAAUGGGUGAAUAUUGUUAAAGAUUUAGCUAAUGCCUUGUCCGACAUGCACCCCGAUUGCUUGCCACCAAUUGUACAUCGUGGCAUAUCAAGCAAGAAUGUUUUGCUAGAUUCAGAAUAUGAGGCCUGUGUUUCAGAUUUUGGCACUGCCAAAUUUUUAAAUCCGGAGUCAACUAAUUGGACUGCCACUGCAGAGCUUGCAUUUACAAUGGAAGUGACCGAGAAGUGCAAUGUUUAUAGCUUUAGAGUUGUCACACUGGAAAUAAUUAUAGGAAGACAUCCAGGAGAUGUUUUCUCAUCUUUAUCAUCUGGGGCAUCAUCGUCAUCCUCAUCUGCAUCACCUGCCCCGGAGAUGCCAAUUUUGGACGUUCUGGACCAACGCAUCUAG